AUGCAGCAAAUUUCGGAGCCCAUCCCCGAUCCUCGUCCUCGUAGCUCCCGCCGAGCCUCUCGGCAAUGCUCGGCGCGGCGCGGCAUCCGCCGUGGCGGACCAAUGGGCGGACGGCGAGAUCGCGCCAACCGCCCCCGAGAGUCAUGUCUGACGCUUGCCGGGCGGGCAUCUCAGUCCUUUGGUGCUGCUCUGGGGCCUCUCGGUAAGCUGGUAACGAGCCUUGGGAGGUCUUGGGAGACUUGGGACCAAGAAUCCUUCCCACUCAAAGGGCGCUCCUGGCUGGCUGACGACUCGGCCGAAAACUGGAGUCUGUAUAGCUCAUUUGUCUUGUCAUUUUCGUCUGUCAACGAUGGACUGCACGGUGGGUGUGGCUCUGUGGGGGGGAGAAACCAUGAGAACGACGGAGAGAAGAAGUCUUCUGGAACUUCCUCGACUGUUGUUGUUGUUGUCGUCGUCGUCGCCGCCACCGUCUACGUUGGAGUCGAAUGA